CAUGGGGACCCAACUGGACCUUCUACUUCAUGCUACGGAUCACCUGAAGCCUGAGCAGCUGAAGAGGUUCAAGCUGUACCUGAGCCACCGAACUCUGGACGGUGUCGAGCCCAUACCCAGAGACCGGCUUGGAGACAGUGACGCGACGGACAUUGUGGAAACAAUGAUGGAGGUCUAUGGCAGCGAAGGUGCUCUGAAAAUCACAAUACACAUCCUGAGGAAAAUCAGCCGUACAGAUCUUGCAGAUGCCCUGGAGAAUGGGAUUAAGGAAGUGCCAAGCCAAGAGGAACAGGCUACAGACGCUGGGUCAUCAGUAAGUCUGACCCAGGAUCAGUGUGGAGUGUGUGAGCAGCUUCUGACGGAUCCAGUCAUCACCACCUGUGGACACAGUUUCUGCAGGCAGUGCAUCAGCAGCUACUGGAGCCAGUCUGGUCCAUCAGGACAGUACACCUGUGCAAAGUGUGAAAAAAGACGCAAAACUCCACAGUCUUCACAGACAAUAACAGCAGUUUCAGAGGCACAACCCAUCGAUAUAGCAGCAUGUGGCCCACCGAAUGCUGCUCCUCCCUGUGUGCACACCACCAUCUCAGCACAGACAGGGGCCCUAGUUAAUGCCCCCACCCUCAACAACUGCCACAUCGAGGGCUCUGUGUUCUUCAACAGUGAGCCGGGAGACAAGGAUGAUGAUGAUGCUGUCUUGGAAAAUGUCCAGAUGAAUCACAAGGCUCUAAUGAAGGAAAAAUCUGAGUGCAUAUUUGAGGGUGUUGAAAAGAAGGGCAACAAAAUCCUCCUUAACAAGAUCUAUACAGACCUGUACAUCACAGAGGGGGAGAGUGAAGGGGUCAACGAUGAGCACGAGGUCUGGCAACUUGAAACGGUCUCCAGGAAACCAGUAACACAAGAUACAGCAAUCCAUUGCAAUGACAUCUUCAAACCUUUGCCAGAACAAGAUGGCACUGUUCGAUCUGUGAUGACCAAAGGAAUAGCUGGCAUUGGUAAGACCGUGUCAGUGCAAAAGUUCAUUCUGGACUGGGCAGAAGGGGAGGCCAAUAGCGACAUCCAUUUCGUUUUUGCGUUCUCGUUCAGAGAGCUGAAUUUGGUACGAGGUAGGAAGUACAGUCUUCUUGGUCUACUCCUCGACUUUCACCCUGAACUUAAGGAACUCUAUGACACAAGAAAAUGCUUCGAGCGUAAAACGGUCAUCAUUUUCGAUGGGCUGGAUGAGAGCAGGCUUAAGCUAGACUUCCGUAAAACAAGACUAGCCAACGUCACUGAGGUGGCUUCGGUGGAUGCGCUGGUUGCUAACCUGAUUAACGGUACACUGCUUCCUUCAGCACACAUCUGGGUAACGUCCCGGCCGGCUGCAGCUGGUCAGAUUCCCACUCAGUACGUUGACCAACUGACCGAGGUGCGGGGAUUUAACUUGCCACAACGAGAGGAGUAUUUCAGGAAGAAGAUCAGUGAUCCAGCCAAAGCAGAGCAAAUCAUUGCGCACAUCAAGGUGUCACGGAGCCUCCACAUCAUGUGUCACAUCCCAGUCUUCUGCUGGAUCUCGGCCAUUGUGCUCCAGAAAAUUCUGGAUCAGGGUGGAAAGAAGGAAAUCCCGAAGACGCUCACAGAGAUGUACGCCCACUUUCUUCUCAUUCAGACAAACAUCAAGUACCAAAAGUACCACGGUGGAAGUGUGUCAGAGAGACAGAAGCUCUUGGGAUCGAACAGGGACCUGCUUCUGAAGCUGGCAAAGCUCGCUUUCCUCAACUUAGAAAGGGGCAACUUGAUGUUCUACGAGGCAGAUCUCCGUGAGUGUGGCAUCAACAUCAAUGAGGCAUCCAUUUACUGCGGAAUGUGCACCGAGAUCCUCAAGGAGGAAUCUGUGUUUUAUGAAACGAAGAUCUACUGCUUUGUCCAUUUGAGCAUCCAAGAGUUCCUCGCGGCUGUCCACAUUUUCUACUCGUACAUUAGCCGGGACAUGGAAGCAAUGGCAUUUUUCCUCAAGGGCAAGUCACGAGCCAGCCGCAAGAAUGUCACGCUGGACAUCUUGUUGAACAGCGUCGUCACCAAAGCAUCAGAGAGCGAAAACGGACACCUGGACUUGUUUGUACGAUUCCUUCACGGCCUCUCCCUGGAGAGCAAUCAGCGGCUUCUCCAAGGGCUGCUAACUCGCAUGGAGAGCAGUCCAGAGAGCAUCAGUAGAGCUGUCAAAAACCUCAAAGAGAUGCAAAGGAAGAACGUCUCUCCUGAAAGGUGCAUCAACCUCUUCCACUGCUUGAUCGAGAUGAACGACGCAUCCGUCCAUGACGAAAUUCAAACGUUUCUGAAGUCAGAGAGGGGCCCCGGGACCCCACUGUCCCCUGCUCACUGCUCAGCGUUGGCUUACAUGCUCCUGAUGUCUGAGGAUCCUCUGGAUGAGUUCGACCUCAGGAACUACAAGACCUCCGACGAGGGCCGCAGGAGACUACUCCCGGUUGUGCGGUACUGCAGAAAGGCUCUGCUUGGUGGUUGUAAACUCACAGAGAAGCCCUGUGAGACCAUAGUGUCGGCUCUGCAUUGCUCAAACUCUCACCUGAGAGAGCUGGACUUCAGUUUCAACGACAUACACGACUCGGGUAUGAGACUGAUCUCCAUCGGACUGACGAGUCCCUUCUGCAAACUACAGACACUCAGAUUCAACCGCUGCAAACUGACUGAGAAGUGCUGGGGCAAUCUCAUCUCAGCUUUUCAGUCAGAGACGUCUCACCUUAGUGAACUGGAUCUUACUGACAACGAUCUGCAAGACUCUGGAAUAAGGCUUCUGAGUACUGCACUGAGAAGUCCCAACUGUAAAAUACAGAUAUUAAGAAUGAAGGGUUGUCAUGAGAUGGGCAGAACGUGUGAGGUGUUGGCCUCCGCUGUCAGCUGUAGCCUGCCUAACCUGAGAGAGCUCGACCUGAGUCACAAUGAGCUUGAUUAUGCUGGAGCGAGCAAGCUGUUGACAAGCAUGACGAGCCCUCAAUGCCAGCUGGAGACAUUGAGGCUGAAGAGGUGUUGUCUAACAUGCCAGCACUGUGAGGUCAUUGCCUCUGUCCUCAAGUCAGGCACUGCACACCUCAAAGAGCUGGACCUGAGUGACAACGACCUAGAUGACCCCAUGAUUGAGAGCCUCUCCUCUGGCCUCACGAGUCCCCACUGUGCAUUGAAAACCCUGAGACUAAAGCAAUGUGGUCUGACAGAGGACAGCUGUCCAGGUCUGGCGGCCAUUCUCAGCGCAGACCACUGCCCUCUGACCGAGCUGGACCUGAGCUGUAACGUCCUGCAGGACUCAGGAGUGGAAGUAAUCUCUGAAGGGUUAACGAGUCCGAACUGCAAGCUGGAGUCACUCAGCUUCUAUCUCUGUGUCUGCCUCCCUGUUCUAUUUCUCUUAAACAUUUUUUCCCUCCUUUCUUUCUUUCUUGACCUCAAACUGUCUCCUCUCAGGUUAUCUUUCUGUUGCAUCUCGGAACCUGGCUGUGUCUCCAUGGCAGCGGCCUUGACCUCGCGCCCCGCCUGCCUGAAGGAGCUCGACCUGAGCUACAAUCACCCCGGAGACGCAGGGACACAGGCACAGAGGGCAAGAGUGCAGGACCCUAACUGCCACCUGACGCUCGUCAACUUUGACCAUGGGGGACUCUUCUGUCUGACAACAGAAUUAGGAAAAUACGCCUGCUCUCUCUCCUUCGACCCAGACACCCUGCACCCAGAGCUCUCUCUGUCAGAGGACAAGAGUAGCGCCACCUGCAGAGGGGAGGUGCACACGUACCCCGACCGCCCCGAGAGGUUCACCCUGUGCCCUCAGGUGCUCUGCGCCGAACCCCUGUCGGGGCGCUGCUACUGGGAAGCGGAAUGGUCCGGAUGCAAAGCGCUUCUCGGAGCGGUGUACAAGUGCAUCGAGCGCAAAGGGUCGGCCGACGUGUCCGGGAUCGGAGCGAACGGCUCCUCCUGGGCGCUCGAGUGCUCCACAAUUUCCGGCUACAAGGCCUGGCACGAGGAGAGGAGGGUGGAGAUUCUGGUGCCGCGAGGGCAGCCGCGACGUGUCGGCGUGUUCCUGGACCGGCCGUCGGGGACGCUGUCCUUCUACAGCGUGUCAUCCGCCUCCGGACAGCUCACGCACCUGCACACGUUCCGGGAGGCCUUCACGGAGCCCCUGUACGCAGGCUUUUGGGUGGCACCUGAGUGCUCUGUGGCCCUCUGCAAGACAGGCUAAAAUUACAUUACAAAAUAGAAUUAAUAAAUCUAUUAAUCUAUUCAUUUAAUUAAUGAAUGAAGUUGCAUUUAGCCUUUCCGGACACCGUCUGAAAAAAAGAGAAUUGGCUGGGUUGGUCAUAGGUUGAUACAGAGGUGGAAUAUAAAACAACGAGAUGUUAGAAAGAAAGAUCACUGAAGAAUUCUAGAGGGUUCUCUAUAAGAUUUAUUGUAACGCGUACAGCAACAAACAAAUCCCCUUUCUAUCCCACUGAACAGUCAGCCACAGUUCACCUAAGCCAGGCCUCAAUCUUCCCUUAUUCCAAGCCCUCGGCCUGGACAUGCUGUGACCUCAGUCCUACUCCAGAGAACAGUUUGAUGGAUGAGACAGUGAGCUUUUACAUUCAGUCUCCGAGUCGGCGCUCUUAUCUGAAGGUGCCUACCUGACAGCACGGCGAGCUAUCACAAGUGUCUGGACAAGCACUCUCCACAGGGGUGAAACCAGGGAUCCAGUGUGUCCUUGGUGGUGCUGGUUGGACUCUCCACGGGAGGGAAACUAGGGAUCCAGUGUG